AAAAAUCGACCACAGAAGAAGAAAGCGGUGACGUAAGUCCGGUGUCAUGUCAGCCUGCUGCUGGAGCCGCAUGGCUAUCUUCUGAUGCUGCUGGUGGUUUAUACUCCUGCCGUUUUCAGUGAGGACAUUAUAAUAAAACAAGCCUUUGAGAGAUGGCAGAAGUAGUUCAAGAGAAAAGUCGAGGCUUGAAGUUUGCAGAGCAGCAGCUCCUGCGUCACGGCUGGGAACACGGUAAAGGACUGGGCCGAGCUGAAAAUGGCAUCUCAGAGGCGAUCAAGGUCAAAGUGAAAUGCGACAAAGGAGGAGUUGGUCAUAAGGAAGGGGACCAGUUCACCUUCCACUGGUGGGAUCAUGUCUUCAAUAAGGCCUCUUCCAGUCUGCAGGUGGAGUCUGAUCAAAACGGUAUUAAGUUGAAGAAGACGGCAGAGGAAGAUGAAGAAGAUGAGAUGAUUUCCAACAAAAAGCCACGAAAAGCUGCACUGGCUAAAGCCAGACUUUAUGGAUGCUUUGUCAAGUCUGCCACACUGAUGUCUGGUCAGGAACAACCAGAGCCGAAAUCCUCCGACUCAGCUGACAGCAGCAGCUCAGAUGAGGAGGACGACCAAAAACUGGAUCUCUCCAGCACCACCAAGCUUUCUGAUGUGGAUCUAAUGAAGGCUUGUGGAGGACGAACGGCUCACAAAGGAGCCAGGCACGGCUUGACCAUGAGCGCUAAGUUAGCCAGGCUGGAGCAGCAGGAGGCUGAGUUCAUGGCCAAGUAUGGCAACAAGAGCCAACCAGCAAGUGCUGCACCAGUUUGUGUCACACCGACCUCCCAGUUAGAGAAGCUGGAGGAGAGGACCGAGGACUGCCGCAGAAAAAAGAUGAAAAAGAAGAGAUCUGCUGAAGGAAUUACUGAGCUAAAUGGUGACGAAGUAUCUGAAAGUCCUGAAACUGAAGUACAACACAAGAAGAAGAAGAAGAAAAAGAAAUCGGAGGAAACAUCUGAUGCUGUUUCCACUGAGGGAGAUUUGAACUGUACAGAAAACAGUGAAGUGGACGACUAUCACAAAACAAAGAGGAAACAUAAGAAGAAGAAACACAACACAGAACAGAAUGGAGACGAAACUGCCGAGCUGCACAUUGACACUAAAGUCAAGAAGAAGAAGAAGAAAUCAUCCAAAAGCCACAGUGAACCUGUGGAAGAAGAGGAGCGUAAAGAGAAGGACUCCAGCCAGUCGGAUGAUCUAGUGCUGGAGGAGCCAGCAGUUAAACAGAAAAAGAAAAAGUGUAAAAAGGACAAAUCACUUAUGGACAAGAAUGUAGACGAAGAGGUGGUUCCACCAAAGAAGAAGAAAAAGAAGUCCAAAGAUUAGAAUGAACAAGCUGCUGCACAUUGAUAGACUGAUUUAUCUUGGCUGAUUGAGGAACCCAUUAUAAGCUCACAUCAGCUCUGUGCUGAUCAUGGACUCUGAUUUGGAAUGAAUUUUAGAUGUUCUUCAACUGAAUAGAUUUUUUUUUAACUAUUAAUUCACACCAGUAACAAGAUAAUCCAGAGACGUGUAGAAUUUGUGUCUGUUUUGCCUCCAAGGUGUGAUCAAAAUCUUCAGACUGUGCCUAUGAAAAGUGAAAUGAAAAACCAUAUGGAUUUAAAUUUUGCCACCCUCCCUGUCUAAGUAGUAACCUGUGUAGCGAUACUCUGCUCCUAGUGCUCCUACAACACUUCGAACGCUCCCUGUAAGUUCUGUUCUGGAUCUCCUAAAAAUGGCGACCUCUAACUUGAAUCUUAUUUUGGGAACGAGGAAGAAGUCAUAGGAAGCUAAAUCUGGCAAAUAAGGCAGGUGGAGAGCAGCAAUUGUGGUGUUGUGUCCAAAAGGUUUGUGUGUUUUUAACACAAUGUGUAUUCGGUAUUGGAGCUCCCACAUGCUAUCUUUAGUUAGUUUGUUAUUUGCACUGCAUAUUACUCCUUAAGAGCUUUAGGACUAGGGAUGCAAACUUUAUACUGUUUUUCUUAUGCAAAUUCAACUUUAUCGAUCAGUAUGUGAUUCAUCAGUAACACAAAAUGAUCUUGGCAAACAUCAUUCCAUGUCCUGAUCUAGCUGCUUUGAAUGCGGUCACAUGAUAUAAGCUGCUCCAAUGGCCUUCAGAGGAAGAGGUCUGGCUAGUAGCCAUUAAGCAUCACAGGAGACAUGGUGGCACUUGACUAGCUAAUGAACCAGAAUGCUUUCUGCUUGCCAGUCGUCUGAGUGAUCAUCUCCUCAGGUCGCUACCAUGUCAAACAAUAGAAGACUCAACCUGGUAGAACAACCAAGUACUAUAGGUAGUCUAAAAUUCGUUGUUGGAGAAUUGUGCCAUAUUAUUUUUUAUUGGUUAAAUUAUCAACACCAUUAAACUACUGGUUCUUCUCUUGGUGGCAGCUGCAGAUCCACCUCUCAUCACCAGAGAUGAUCCUCCAGCUGCAGACUAAGUGGGAAAAUUUGAGCUUAAUUCAAAAAUGUUGAUAGUGCAGUGACGUGCAGUUGCCAGACUUGCGACUGCUACUGUCCACAUGUUGAUUAUACAUAAUGGUGAAACGUUCGGUGCAGACAUGACAGAAACAGUACUGAAACUUUUUCAUUGUUCCAUGUGUUAGUGUUUCAGACCAGUAACCACAGACUGACAUCCAGCAGUUGUGCCUCUUCUGCCUGUUGAACAGCCUUACAAGCCAGUUUAAAGCAGCUGCUGGUGACUUUUUGAUUUGCUUGUGUUUCCAGCUUUAUAUGAAAUGUCUUCUAGUUUACUGGACAGCCGAUAUGAAAUGUAGAGAACUUUCACAAAGCCUCUUUGAGGAAACCUGUGCUGUGUGUUUUUUAUAAUAAAGACGCAGCACUUUGUUGUACACAGGUUAAACUGAAUUUUAUAUGCAAAUAAAAUGACAUCAAAAAGCUC